UGGAUUUCCGGAGGGAUAGCAUGAUGCGGCGAAUGAGCCUGAGGCCUCAAUCCAGGAGUCCCUCGAGGAGGCAAUCGAUCAUCAAGGCUCCUGUUCAUCACAGUCUCUACACGAAUUCCCUAGUCUUUGGCCUCGUCACCCAGAAAACCCGCCGUCGCGACUCACGCUUCGACGUCAAUGAGAAUUGCGAUGGGAAGUUGCGCUUCUACAAGACGCCACAAACUGUGGCGGAUCAGCUGAAGAGCCUGAUGAACAGUGCUUUUGAGGAUCGCUGCAACAUCUACUCAGACUACAGGAAGUACAAUGCGAAGAGGAGCAAAGUUCUCUGUCAACUGCUGGCGCAGGAGAUCAAGAGGAGCGCCAAAUCCGUGGGAAUGCGACGCUCUCGAGUCGUGACGCUGGUGAGUGUGAUUCCCAAGCUUCAGCAGGGCGUCCAUUGCUCAAUGAUGUUCUUCCAAGACCCGAAGAAGGAUCUCCACGCAAGUCACAAGUAUGAAACGCCCACAUUCUUUAUUCUUGGAGUUGUCUUCUUAGUGUACAAGGAUUGA